AGCCACUAACCCGGAAAUGACGUAAUCCUAAUUGUUCUACUCGGUGUCUCGGUGACUGACAGAUCACUUACUUACGAAAAGAUGUUUCGAUCUUCUCUUAGAGUUACAUCUGCGCUGAAAAAUACAAAAGUGCGGGCACAGAUACUUCAGAAAUGGCAAGAAUGUUUGGCUGUCACUCAAACCAGAAAUGUUAGUGAGGAGUCCAAGUCCUUUGGUUUGAACCUGUUUAGAGGCCAAGGUCAAGCUGAACAAGUGUUCCCUUUUCCAGAAGUUCUAAAUGAAGAGCAGAAGGAAAAUCUACAGAUGUUUGCUGACCAGACAGCCAAAUUCUUUGAGGAACAAAAUGAUGCCUCAAAGAAUGACCUAUUGGAGAAGGUGGAUGAUGACACCAUGGAAGGACUGAAAGCUCUCGGUGCAUUUGGACUUCAAGUCCCAACUGACCUUGAUGGUCUUGGCUUGACAAACACACAAUAUGCAAGGCUUGUAGAGAUUGUUGGAGCACAUGACCUUGGAGUUGGCAUUGUUCUAGGAGCUCAUCAGUCAAUUGGUUUCAAGGGUAUCAUAUUAUUUGGCACACCGGAGCAGAAAAGUAAAUACCUCCCUAAACUUGCUGUGGGAGAAAAUAUAGCUGCCUUCUGCCUUACUGAGCCUGCCAGUGGCUCGGAUGCCAGUUCAAUAAAGACGAGAGCUGUUCUGUCAGAUGAUGGGAAACAUUACAUUCUGAAUGGCAGCAAAAUAUGGAUCAGUAAUGGAGGCCUUGCUGAAAUAUUUACUGUUUUUGCCCAGACUCCAGUGAAAGAUGCAAAGACAGGGGAGACAAAAGACAAAGUGACGGCCUUUAUUGUGGAGAGAAGUUUUGGUGGUGUAACUAAUGGUCCUCCAGAGAAGAAGAUGGGUAUCAAAUGUUCAAAUACUGCUGAAGUCUACUUCGAGGAUGUGAAAAUACCUGUGGAAAAUGUUCUAGGAGGGGAAGGUGGUGGUUUUAAGGUAGCGAUGAACAUUUUGAACAAUGGAAGAUUUGGUAUGGUUGCUGCUCUCUCGGGAACAAUGAAAUACUGUAUACAGAAGGCAGUGGACCAUGCAGCUACACGGGUACAGUUUGGCAGCCAUAUACACUCAUUUGGAGCAAUUCAGGAAAAGUUAUCUCAGAUGGCUAUCAAACAUUAUGUAGCAGAGUCAAUGGCCUACAUGAUCUCAGCAAAUAUGGACCAAGGUUUCAAAGAUUUCCAGAUUGAAGCUGCUAUUGGGAAGAUCUAUGCAUCGGAAGGUGCCUGGUUCUGUGCUGAUGAAGCUAUCCAGAUUCUUGGGGGAAUGGGAUUUAUGAGGGAUUGUGGAAUUGAGCGGGUGAUGAGAGAUUUGAGAAUAUUUCGUAUAUUUGAGGGAACCAAUGACAUUCUCCGUCUGUUCAUUGCACUUACUGGCAUGCAGUACGCAGGUGCUCAUCUGAAAGAAGUACAAAAAGCGAUGAAGAAUCCUAUGGCAAACAUUGGGACUGUGGCCAGCUUUGCUUCUAAAAUGGCUGUCAGGAAGAUGGGAGGCAGCACAGGGAAUGUGUCACUUCACACUCACCCAUCAGUACACUCAGAUCUAAGCACUGCUGCUAAAGAGGCUUCCAAAUCUAUAGAAGAUUUUGGUGGAACUGUGGAACAGUUGUUGAUCAAAUAUGGCAAGAAGAUUAUGAAUGAGCAGAUGGUAUUAAACAGAGUGUCGGAGGCUGCUAUUGAUAUAUAUGGUAUGGUGUCUGUGUUGUCCCGGGCAUCAAGAUCCCUAAAUAACCAAUACUCGAGUGCGGCCUCGGAGUCGGCCAUGUGCCAGGUGUUCUGUUCACAGGCGGCUGUACGAGUAGAUACCAACCUGAAAUUGGCUCUUUCCGACAAAGACAAGAAAAUUUUCCAGCAGAUGUCAACAAUUUCCGAGGAUGUCAUCAAACAUGGUGGCACUGUUCAAGAACAUCCUCUAGGAUUUUAACGUUGCUUUACGAAUCUAGGACAUUUUGUAGAAACAUAGAAUGAAUCUUAUAUUACAAAGAAACUGUGAUUUUUUUUUCUUCAUUUUAUUAUUUUGAGAAAAGGUUGUUAUAAGCUGUAUACUGUAAAGACAUAAAUUUUCAAGAGAGAGACACACUUUCGAAGUUGCAUCAAUCCAAAUAAUAAAAAAAUGAGAAACAAGUACAUUUCCAAAUUUUAACACCUUUUAUAUUUCAAAUCCACAAAGUCUCCAUAAAUUAUCCAUUUUUAAGGAAACCACAAAAUUUAGUGCUCGCAAAAUGUAAGGAUUUGACAGUAUUUUUUUUUUAAAUUUCAUUUCACCUCUGUAUAACUAAUAUACCGGUGCCCCUUUAAAUUAGGAUAUGCAUAAUUAAAUAGCAGGAGAUAUUGUAUUUAAAUGCUGAUGAGACUUUGAAAUUUGAAGUUUUUUCCAUCAGUGUUAAACAGUAACGCUUGGGGAGGGGGGAAGGUUGGGGAAACAGAAUGCUACCAUAUACCCUAAGAUUUUGAUAUUUAGUGUAAUUGAAAUUUAACUUGUCAAAGUUCAAGUUAUCUUAUAGUGUUAUCUGUAAUUGUAUGUUUGAACAAAACUUAAAAACAGAAAAAGGAUCAGUAGCUAAGUGCCAUUACACUUGAAUGAUUGUUUUUUUCCUUCAGUUUUUUGCUGAUUUUAUGAAAUACUGAAUCGAAACAUCUUCAGCAUGGGAACCAAAUUCACUAAUAAAAUGAUGUUAAAUAUUUUAUAUUGAAAGUUGAUUUUCUUCAUUAUUUCAAAAUCAUAUGAUCUUUUCUAAUAUACCGAUUUAUCUUAAAAAACAUAAGCCAUUAAAAUUGUAGGAAAGUUCCCCUUCUAAGUAUCAAAAGGGACCGCAUAAAUUGCUCAAGUGAGCCCAGGUGAUUGAACUAGUAACCAUGACCAGCAGGAAAGGUUUACCAUACACGACUAAAUAUUUUAGUCAUGUUUUUCAUACAUGUAUGUGUACAUGUAGUAAGUGUCUAUACAUAGAAAUAACCAUCUGCAAAAUUUUUUCAGAAAACGCAUAAUUAUAUGUAAAUUGUAAUGUUCUGAAAUCUGACACAACAAACACUGAAAAAAUGAAGGAAAUCCUACAUGUACACAUACAAGUAUGAAAUCACAGCCUUUAUGUCAACUCGAGUACCUCAUAUAUAUAGUUUGUCUCACGUCUCAUUACACAUGCAUACUAUAUGUAUAUUUUGAACAAUUGGUGAUUUUGCCAUAUAGUAUAAGAGUGAUAUGUUAUGAAUGUAAAAUUGUAUAUUAACUGUUUCUUGUUUUGUUUUUGUCUCAUUGCUGUUUCUUUAGUAAAAUUUGUUUACAUAGUA